ACUGCGCGGGAAGUCGUACAGUAUUGUGAAAAAGAGUUGUUUAUGUGUUGGCAGUAUAUAUGUAAAUAUUUUCACACACGAGUGUGAAAAGUAACAAUGCCGGAGGUACAAUUAGUGAAAGUGAUCAGCUGUAAUUUUCAGGAUCCAAAGCAUCAAGUAACAAAUCUGCUCCGUGGGAAUUUUGGAAAAUGGCUGUGUCCUCUUCCAAGAAAAAAUAUGUCAAUGGAGGCAGUGUUUAUGAUGGAAAGAGCUUGUGUUAUAAGUGGAAUAAACAUAGGAAAUUGUGGUUCAGCGUUUGUGACAGUUUCUGUAUCACAUUAUGGAUCAUCAGAAUUUGAAACACUUCUGCCAUCAUCAGUUUUAAUGGAUCGACAACAGACUAAAAGUGGGUCAGGAAAAACAUCUGUGCUGAUGUUUUCAAGAGAUAAGUUCUGUGAAAAUGUGAGAGAAAAGAAAUGGGGUAUCAUAAAAAUUACUUGUACACAACCAUUUGAUACUCAUGUUCCAUUUGGUUUGAGUUUUAUCCACAUAAUAACAUUUGAAAAAGAUACUGUCUUUGCUGAUACGAGUGGAAAAGAAAACAGGAUUAUGGCAAAAAGGAACAUGUACAAUAAAGCAAGCAUUUCCAGGCCACAGUCAGAUGUUAUUCAAAAAGUAGCUGCAGCUUCACCACGUUCACUGGAGCUCAUGAAAGCUUGUAUGAACCUUCAUAAUUCCGACAACAGAGAGAAGAUAUCAGAAACAGUCGAUUGUGCUAAAGAAAUGCCAUUAAGAGAAAAUGUUUCCAGAACUGAAAAGCUAUCAAAUGGUCUGUCUGGUACAGAUUCAAGGCGCAGUAAAUGCCCAAUUUGUUGUGGUUCAUAUGAGGUAACAGAAAUUGAAGCCCAUGCAGCACAGUGCACUGGUGUGUCAAACAGCAAUUCAGCUAUUGAAGAGAAUGAUGAAGUGAUGUGUCCAGUAUGCAAGUGUAAAUUUAGUUCGGAAUAUAUUGCAUCACAUGCUGAUGCUUGUGCAGAGAAGCGACUUGACAGUACCACAAAAAGUGCAAUCUCAAGCCCUCAGGCAGGACGACACAAAUCACUGAAAUUUGUAAAUGCAUAUGAAGAGCAAGGCCAGAAAACACCUCCCAAUAAGGAAGAAAAAGACUGUGAUAUUAAAUUUAGACAUCGAGUUAUAGCUUUCCUUGACACUGAGAAUGUGUUGGCAAAGUACAUGAAACAUAUAACAAUUGGUGAACUACGAAGAUUGUAUGAACAAACAACAAAAGAGUCACUUCAGAGUCACGAAAUCAAAAAGUUUGCUGCAGUUGUAAGAAGUUAUCUUAGAGCAUACACGGAUUCAGAGGGAAAAAGCAGCAACAGUAAGGUUUCAGAUAAUCAGGAUGUUAUAGGAAGGCAUCCUGUAUGUAGGAGAAAUCUUCUAAGUUUAGAAGAUUCCGCAAAUUCACAAAACAGGGAUGAUUGUGAAGAAGAUGAUUUCAUCAGCAGAAAUGUUAUAAUCCAUGCAUCACCCACAACGCCGACCAAAAGAAUUGACUCUCUUCACACACCUAAAAGAAAGAAUUUGGAGAGUGGUCCUUUUAGGAGGAAACGAUUGGCUAAUGGUAUGCACAGUUCAGAUGCCACUUAUGAUGGUAGUAACUCUGAACCUAAUACAGUGCACACUAUAUUGGAGGAUGUCGCACACAUGGUCCAGUGCCAUCUGUGUGAAGAGUUCUUCAGUAUAGCAGACAUAGGAAAUCAUUCUUCAACCUGCAUUGUUCCUGCUGACAUUCAUCAGCUAAAUUCAGAAAGAGAGAUCUGUCCAAUAUGUGAUGAACUGAUUGCGAAGGAUUGUAUUGAGCAACACGCUGCUCUCUGCGCGGAAAAUAAAUUUGGGUAGUGCCUGAUUAUUAGUUGUAAUUAUUUUCCGAAUUGCUAUCAUGUGAACAUCUUCCGGAGAAAUUACCUGAACCUUGUGGCCUUGUGGUGCUGUACAUACAACAUGUUUAAUGGAGUUGUAAUGAUUUUUUUGUGAUAGUCUCAAAUAUUUUAUGUACAUGUCUGUGUGUGAGUUACUGUGCUUGCUGUCAGCAUAUUCACUAAACUUUUAUGUAUUUGUAAUUAUUUAGCACAAAUAGUUGGGAAUAUAUGAUGUUGGAGUUCAGUCAUGUAAAAUUUUCUAAAUGAUAUUAUAGUCUUCUUUUGACAGUAAAAUUAUUUAUUUGUACAAUCCACUAUUGUAUUCAGGUCAUGGGGCCACCAUUAUCAAGUGAAAACACUUUCCAAAUUCUGAACAGUUUCCAAAUUCUAUGUCUUUUGAAAAACACAAAUGGAGACCUUGGUAUUAAGCAUUGAGUUGAGCUCUGUAAGGUCAUUAUCUCUCAAGAGCUUUGUUCUCAGAUUUUGUUAUUCUUUUACUAUCCAUUUAGUAACAUGUACAAUUGGUUGUGGAUGCGUCUGAAUGGAUAGUUUGGCACCAACUGUGGGCUAGGGAUAUGCUUUGUGCAUGAAAGCCCACGAAGAUGGUGAGAAGAAAAAAAAUCAGCCAAGUAGAUGUGAUGGCAAUAGUAGUAGUACACCACAGACCAGCUGUAGUAGAGGACCAGUAACUCAUAGCCAGUCACAGAGCUGUCCUGAAACUGUAACAGGACCACCUGAACAAAGGUUCUCCAGAAGCAGCCACUCGCUGCAGUGUAGAAAAAGAUCAACCCCUGGGAUGACCAGGAAGAGAACGAAAAAAACAUUGCGACAAAGCUUGUAGAGAGCUAAAGGCCCUGCAGAGCUCAGCUUCACUCAUAAUACCCAGGGCUCCGUUUGUCCGUGCGGUUCGAUAGAGUCUGUCAUCUUUUUCAGGAUAUACAGAAGCUGAAAGUAUUUCCAUUUGGUAAUUGCCACACAGCCAAAAUUGCAGUAGUGGGUGUACAGAUAACAAUUCUACAAUCAAAACAGGACCAUGAUGUCAUUUACAAAAUGUCUCAAUAUAGUUUAUCAUGGUGUUUAUAAUCAUGUGGAAAGUUUUACUUUGUUACAAUACUAUGAAACCAAAGAAUUUAUGUAGAGUAUAUAUUGUACACUUUAUAAAAGAAAUGAUGUAAUAUUU